AUGGUUACAGUCAAUGCUAGCAUCGUACCGGUGGUACAUACAGUCUGCGCUUCAGCGGCUUUCUUGGCAGCACUCAUAGUCGGUUGCAAGCUGCAUUACAUCAAAAUUAUUACCAAUGCACAUUAUACGUAUCCUGAAGAGUGGUUCCCAAGCGUUUCAGCAACUAUCGGUGAUCGGUAUCCAGAGCGGUCUAUCUUUCAAAUUUUGAUAGCUCUCACUUCAUUUCCACGGUUUCUGUUGCUGUUGGGGCAUUACAUGAUCAACAAAUCUACACCCUGCUUCAUUGUGGGCGUUCUAAGGACGGUAACUUGUGGUGGGUGGGUAUAUAUUACCUCUACAGAUGAUCAUGAUGUCCAUGACGUGUUCAUGAUAUCUUACAUCGUCUUAACUCUACCGUGGGAUCUGCUGGUUAUUAGAAACUCAGAGUUCAAGAAAUCCAAGAAAGUCUUGAUGUCGACUUUUUUUGCUACUAUGUUCCCCUUGAUCUACUGGUUCAUUCAGCACAACGUGUAUCAUCGGGCGGGUGCUUACUCAAUAUAUGCUUACUUCGAAUGGGCUCUUAUUAUCUUGGACAUUGGUUUCGAUUCCUUGGCUUACAAGGAUUUCAAAAAGCUCAGCUUGAAUUUAGAACUAACCUCGAGCGUAGGAAACUGGUUCUUCAUGUUCGAAAAUAAAGAAUCUUUGCAGCCGGCCGCGGCACACGAAAUUCAAAAGGUCAUCGAGGAGGAUUCGGGCCCUUCCGCGGCUCUUGAUACGACAGGAGACUCCGACCCAGAUUGCGAUUAUUCAUCCGGAGAUGAAUCGAAUGGCGAUGAUGACUUCUCGGAAUUACUAGAAGACGAGCAUGCGGUCCUUCUCUCUGCCGAUGAUACAGAGCUAAGAAUUAUGCUACAAGAAGAUGAGGACAUGGCGUACGUGACGGGCACUGGCUCUUCUCUAAAUGUUCCUGCACAAGAUUCCAUGGCUUACAUUUUGAUUAACAUCCUGAACUCAUUGCUAUUUUGGACCUUGCUCACCUCUCUACUCUGUAUGGUGUGGUAUUUCCCGCUCUGGUACAUGGGUAUAUCAGGAUACGAGGCCUCUAUCUUGUCUGUUCUUGCGCCAAUUUUUCUCUAUCUUCCAGCUGUUCCGAUGGUCACAGAUGUUUAUGGGCCACUUUUUGCUGCUGUUAUUGGAAUCGGCGCAUAUGUUGUUGACGAACCGGAGUCAAGGCUUUUGACUGCAUCAUUGGCGGCAGGUAUAGCUUCUCUAACAUUUUGCAAUACCCUGAGAAGCAUUGCGACCCAAAGAGCUACGCAAAUGUACACAAUUACAUGGAUUCUGGGGCUUAUUGGCUCGGUGAUACUGAAAAUGGCUUUCUUCUCCAACAACCCUUUAUGGCCCAUUCUUAAUGAAAAAAAUGGUGGGUGGAAUAAGUCUGGACUUGCUGUCAUGACACUCGUUGCUGUGUUUACCCCACAUGUUAACGCUAUUCACUAUCAAGGGGUGCAGCCGUCUACUCCACAAGGUACCAGAUUCAUGACCAAAUGUCUAGUGUCUACAGGUUUUGGUGCUUUGAUCUUUUCCAUCCACCAGUUACUCACUGAUGCCUCGACGAUCAUAUACUGGUCAUGGGAGGGUUGGAACACCGGCGGCUCACAAGGCCCUUUGACCUGGCCCUACAGCUCAGUAACUUGCUGCUGUAUGCUAAUUGCAGCUCUCACCGCUCAAAAGUUUUCAGGAAACCCUAGCAUUCCCUCUGUGCUACUUGUAACGUCAACAGGAAUCCUGGCAGCUCCCUCAAUUACUGGAUGGCUCAACUACACCUUUGGUGGCCUCGCAUAUGUUGUUGCCACUAUAUGGAUGAUUCCCACUUAUUUCACGAAAAUGAAUAUUUUGAGAAGCCCCUGGGUAUUCACUUCCGCCUUUCUAGUGUAUCUGGUGCUGAUCCUUGCACAUGUUUGGACCGUUGCCUACGCAUUUGUACCGUAUGGUUGGCUUCUUAGAGAAAGGAUCGGACAUGUACUUGCUUUUUCAACUACCUUGAUAGCCCUUGGUGCUACGGUAGGUAUGAGAGCCCACGUUAAAGCCCAAAGGAUUUCCACAAGAUUCUGGAAAAACGUUUACUUCAUCAUAACAUUGUUUUUGAUCUCUAUUGGGGCUAUAACGUACCGAUUAGCACCUACUGGAGUUCCCACCCCUUAUAAUAUUGAGGACAACAUGAUCACGGCUGGUAUCUGGACUGUCCAUUUUGGCCUUGAUAAUGAUAUGUGGUCAUCUGAAGCCCAAAUGAUUCAACUUCUUAAAGAUAUGGAAGUCGAUGUUGUUGGGUUACUUGAGACCGAUACGCAGAGGAUCACUAUGGGCAACCGAGACUUAACCAGUAAAAUGGCUCACGAUUUGCAAAUGUACGCUGAUUUUGGUCCUGGCCCCAACAAACACACCUGGGGGUGUGUUCUACUUUCUAAAUUUCCAAUCGUGAAUUCGACUCAUUAUUUAAUGCCCUCUCCUGUUGGAGAGUUGGCCCCCGCUAUCCACGCCACUCUAAAAACCUACGAUGACAUCUUGGUUGAUGUGUUUGUUUUCCAUGGAGGUCAGGAGGAAGACGAAGAGGAUAGGAGACUACAAAGUGAAGAACUAGCAAGGAUCAUGGGCAGCACAGAUCGCCCGUCCAUCUUGUUAAGUUACCUUGUUACUGAACCCGGUGAGGGCAACUAUAACAAUUAUGUGAGCGAAAUCUCUGGCAUGUACGAUAUUGACCCCAGUGAUAGCGACAGAUGGUGCCAAUACAUCCUCUACAAAAAACUGGCUAGGACAGGGUACGCUAGAGUCAGUCGUGGCACGGUGACUGACACUGAACUACAACUUGGUAAAUUCAAGGUUUUGAGUCAGGAAGAAUUGGAAGCCUACGGCGAUACUAUUUAUGACUUUGAAUUAUUGGACGAAGACAUCGAAGUCGAAGAAUCUUUGAAAUUCCCGGACCAAUAUCACGGAGAUGGUAAAAGAGGCCACCACUACCAUGUAUUUGAAGAACCACGCCAUUACCAGAUGCCAUGGUAG